AUGUUCAGCUUCAGUGCGACGACCCUGGCGGUCGCCGCUGCGGUUGCGCUGUUUGUUUACGGCUUGCGGAUCCCCCAACGAUGGAAGCUCAGGGGCAUCAAAGGGCCGCGGUCUGACUGGCUCGCGGGCCACCUCCUCAAGAGCAAAAAGGCCGGCAACCUGACGGACUACCUGGCGGCCCAGAAGGACAAGUUCCCCGGCAUCUUCUCGAUGCUGCUCGGGGCGCGCCCCGUCGUCGUCGUCCAGGACGCCAAGCUCGUCCGCCAGAUCCUCCAAGGCGCACCGGACCGCGGCGACCUCGCGCGGGAGAACACCUCGAUGCAUGCUGACGCGUGGAACCAGAAGAUGAACGACUCCGCGCUCUUCUUCGCCAAGGGCGCCAAGGCCAAGGCCCUGCGCACCGCCUGGCACGGCGCGGUCGGCACGCCCGAGGCCAUCGCCGGGGCCGCCGCCGACCUGCGCGCGGCGUCCGUCACGCUGGCGCGCCGCCUGGCGUACGCGGCCGACACCGGCGAGACCGUCGACAUGCUCGCGCUCGGCAAGGAGAUGUCCUUCCAGGUCGUCGGCUCCUACGGCCUCGGAAUCAAAUACGACCCCAUCACGGGCCACAACGCCGAGACCGCGAACGUCGUCCUCAACGCCGGGACGGAGGUGCUCGCGCGGGCCACGCCCGACGCCAACCCGUUCGCGGCCUUCAACGUCCUCUUCGGCGACAUCCCCGGCGCGCGCGGCGCGCUCAAGUUCCUCGCGCGCGUCCUCCCGCUGCGCGACUACGCGGCCUUCCGCGCCCGCGACCGCGAGUUCUCGACGGAAGUGAAGCGGCUGAUGGAGGACGCAAAGGGAGGGGACCCGCUCCCGGCGGCGACGAUCGACAUGGACGACGACGAGAUGCCGUCCGCGCAGGACGCGGAGGACUUCUCGGAGUGCCCCUUCCUGAGUCAGUCGUCGUUCCUCACCACGAUGCUGGCGGCGCGCGUGCCGCACAACGAGUUCAACACGAGCGCGCGGCGGCUGAAGGACUACGAGCUGGUCGCGCAGGGGCGCCUGUUCAUGGUCGCGGGGUUCGAGACGACGGCCGUGACGGUCGCCUACAUGGCCGCACUGCUCGCGCAGCACCCAGACGUCCAGGAGCGCUGCAUCGCGGAGAUCGACGCGCACAUCGCGCGCAACGGGCACCCGGAGACCCCCGACGACGCCCCCGAGGAGGCCUUCCCGGUCCUGACGUCGGUCAUCAAAGAGACCCUCCGCCUAUACCCCCCCGGCCCGUACCUCCUGCGCGAGAUGAAGAAGGACGUCACACUCAGCACGGGCCAGGUCGUGCGCGAGGGCACGAACGUCUUCAUCGACGUCUACAGCAUCCAGCGCGACUCCCAGUACUGGCCACACCCCCUGGCCUUCAAGCCGGACCGCUGGAUCGAGGGCCGCGGGCGCCCGAGCGUGCGCGAAGCCUACAUGCCCUUCGGCGUCGGCGCGCGCAUCUGCUCCGGCGCAGAGUUCGCGCAGGUUGAGCUUCGCAUGGCGUUCAUCGAAGCUCUGUCCUCGUUCCGGUUCGUCGCGCCCGAGCCGGGGUUCACCAUCCCGCACCACGGCAACGGCCUGACGCUGCACCCGACGGGGCCCGUGUCGCUGAACGUGUCGGAGCGCGUGCCGGCGGGCGCUGCGGAGCCCGGGCCGAGCGCCGUGGUGAGUCCGACGGGGGCCGUGCCGACGCGGCGUAGGCUAGGGGCGACGCCGGUGCCGCGGUGGCAGGGUCCGGCGCGGCGGUCGAUGGCCGGCGCGCGCAUCCGGCACGUUGCCGGUGCGCGCCGGGCGGCGGCGGCGCGCGUCGCGGCCCCGCGGAUGGCGCUUGGCCUCUGA